AUGCUCUGCUGCAGUGGGACGUAUGUGGGUCAGUGCUUCCCCGCGGUCUUCCCAGGCUCCGGAGGUGUGCCGCGGAUGUCAGGUAAGCCGCAGAACGUGGAGAGCUCGGAGCGUGUGCAGCUGUCUGGCACAUACAACGUUCGCAAGGGGAAGCUCCAGCUGCCCGUGAACCGCUGGACCAGGAGACAGGUCAUCUUAUGCGGCACCUGUCUCAUCGUCUCCUCGGUGAAGGAGAGCCAGACGGGCAAGAUGCACGUCCUGCCACUCAUCGGAGGGAAGGUGGAGGAGGUGAAGAAGCACAGCCACUGCUUGGCCUUCAGCUCGGCCGGACCCCAGAGUCAAACCUACUACGUUAGUUUCGACAGCUUCACGGAGCACCUGCGCUGGCACCGUCACGCAGCCAAGAUGGUCUCCCAGAGGAUCAACUCUGUGGAUCUGUCCUACUGCAGCCUGGAGCAGCUCCCCCCCAAUUUGUUCUACAGCCACGACCUGACGCACCUCAACCUCAAACACAACUUUCUGCCUUCAGACCAGCGGCUACAGCAGCUGCAGAGAUUUUCCCGGUUGCGAAGCCUGAACUUGUCCAACAACCACCUGGGUCAGUUCCCUCUGGCCAUCUGUGACAUCCACACGCUCAGCGAAGUCAACCUCAGCUGUAACUACUUGGCGGCGGUUCCCGGGGCUGUCGGGGCGAUGACCAACUUGCAGACUUUCCUGUUGGACGGCAACAGCCUGAGCGAUCUUCCCAACGAGCUGGGAUCCCUGCAGAGGCUCGGGUACUUGGGGCUGUCGUUCAACCAGUUCUGCAACAUCCCCCAAGUGCUGGAGAGGCUGGCAUCUAUGGAAAAGCUGUGCAUGGCGGGCAACAACUUGGAGACACUCACACUGCAGAACUUCAGGCUUCUCCGGAUCAAGCACAUCGAUCUACGGCUGAAUAAGAUCUCGCUGAUGGUGCCAGAUGAGCCCGACCUGCUGCGCCACGUGACCCAGCUGGACGUGAGGGACAACAGGCUGCAGGAGCUGGACGCCUCGGUCUUCCCCCGGCUGGAAGUGCUGCACUGCGAGAGGAACCACAUCCAGAGCCUCCGCGCCAAGGGGACGCUGCUCAAGGCCAUCUACGCCACCAACAACGAGCUGCGACAACUGGAUGUCACGCCGGUGCCCUCCAAUCUUAGUUACAUGGACAUCUCGAGGAACCGCGUGGAGUCCCUGCCCGAGUGGCUGUGCGAGGCAAAGAAGCUGGAAGUCCUGGACGUGAGCCACAACCUCAUCACGGAGCUGCCCGCGCGGUUGUUAUGCAGCAACAGUGUGAGGAAGCUGAGUGCUGGACACAAUCAGCUGCAGCGGCUGCCUGACAGAGUGGAGCGCCCUCUGCUGGAGGUUCUGGAUGUGCAACACAAUCAACUGGUCGAGCUGCCUUGCAACCUGUUCCUCAAAUCUGAGAGCUUGCGGAGCGUCAACGCAUCGGCCAACAAGCUGGAGCACCUGCCCCCGUCCAGCCUGUCGGAGGAGAGCCACAGCAUCCUGCAGGAGUUCUACCUGACCAACAACCGCCUCACGGACAAAUGUGUGCCCAUGUUGACGGGACACACUCACCUCCGGGUCUUACACAUGGCCUACAACCACCUCCAGACCUUUCCUGCCAGUAAAAUGGCCAAACUGGAGGAGCUGGAGGAGGUGGAUCUGAGUGGAAACAUGCUGAAGACGGUGCCCACGACCAUCCUGAACUGCAGACGCAUGCACACGCUCAUCGCCCACUCCAACGCCAUCGAGGUCUUCCCCGAGGUCAUGCAGCUCAUGGACAUGAAGUGUGUGGACCUCAGCUGCAAUGAGUUGAGUGAAAUAACUCUCCCGGAGAAUCUGCCGCCCAAACUACAAGAGCUGGACCUGACGGGAAAUCCUCGCCUAAACCUGGACCACAAGACCUUAGAACAGCUCAAUAAUAUCCGCUGCUUCCGCAUCGAUCCGCCCCCGACCUUCUCUUCGAAUGAGGCGUCUGGUGGGCCUGCUGUGUGGAGCCAUGGUUACACAGAGGCCUCGGGCGUCAAGAACAAGCUGUGCGUCGCUGCGCUGUCGGUGAACAGCUUCUGUGGGAACCGCGAGGCUCUCUACGGCGUGUUUGACGGAGACAGGAACGUGGAGGUGCCGUACCUGCUGCAGUGCACGAUGAACGACGUCCUGGCAGAAGAGCUGCACAAGACCAAGAGCGAGGAAGACUACAUGACCAACACCUUCCUCGUCAUGCAGAGGAAACUGGGCACAGCGGGACAGAAGCUGGGAGGAUCAGCAGCUUUGUGUCACAUCCGACAUGACCCCACGGACCCCGGGGGCUGCUUCACCCUCACUGCUGCCAACGUGGGCAAGUGCCAGGCCAUCCUCUGCCGGGACGGGAAGCCCAUGCCCCUGUCUGUGCUGCACAAUGUGGGGCUGGAGGAGGAGUACCGCCGCAUCCGCCAGCACAGGGCCAUAGUCACAGAGGACAACAAAGUGAACGGUGUGACGGAUUCCACUCGGAUCAUGGGCUACUCCUUCUUGUACCCGUCAGUCAUCCCCUGCCCACACGUCCAGACAGUCACGCUCACGUCCCAGGACGAGUUCUUUAUCGUGGGCAGCAGGGGCUUGUGGGACGCCGUCUCUCACCAGGAAGCGGUAGAAGCGGUCCGAAACGUGCCUGACGGCCUCGCAGCCGCCAAAAAGCUCUGCACUCUGGCCCAGGGCUACGGCUGCACCGACAGUCUGAGCGCGGUGGUGGUCCAGCUCAGCGUGAGCGAAGACUGCUGCUCCUGCUGCUGCUCGGAGCCUCCGCAGCCCCCUCCCAGCCCCGGCCUAGGCCCCUACCCCUCCUCCUCCAACGCCAUGAAAGAGAGGCCCUCAGACGGCUCCCUGCCCGUUCCCCCGUCCUCCUGCAGCGAGAUCAGCAGCGAGAUCAGCACCAGCGAGAUGAGCAGCGAGGUGGGCUCUACGGCCUCCUCGGACGAGCCUCCACAGAGCUCCUUAGUGCUGCUCCACGACCAGGCUCACCAUCCGCACCUGCACCACCCGGCCCACGCCCUGUCCCUGCAGCACCAGCCCCACUCCGGCUCCCAGCCCUGUCAGUACUUGUACCCGGGCGCCGAGCUGCCCUCGUCCCGCAGCUGCUGUGCGGUCCACCCCCUGUGUCUGACCGGGGCGUUCCAGAGGCAGCUCUCUAGCGCCACCUUCUCCAGCGCUCUGUCCGAGAACGGCCUGGACAGCGAGGACGAGGAGCCCAUCGCCGGGGUCUUUUCUAACGGCAGUCGGGUGGAGGUGGAGGCUGAUAUACACAGCCUCAAACUGGAUUUACCACAGACUCAAGAGCGCCCUCUGCUGCUCAGUCUCCCCCCUCCUCCCCCGCCGCCCCCCUGUACCCCCGAACCACCAGAGGAAGCGGUAGACAUGGCGGAGAGCGACAGCGGCAUGGAGAGAGACGAGUCGUGGCACGGCGACCCAGGGAAGGUGCCGGUCAAAAGCAGGAGAGCAAACGGAUCCGUAGCCCGCCAAGAGAAAAGCCACAACCUGAUCGAGGUGGCCGCAGACGCCCCCUCCAAGAAGUCCGGUGGGUAUUUUACAGCACCAGCGCAGCCCGACCCCGACGACCAGUUCAUCAUCCCGCCCGAGCUGGAGGAGGAGGUGAAGGAGAUCAUGAAGCAGCAUCAGCAGAAACAGCAGAAACCCAGUGGGACGGAGCCGGCCUCAGACUACUAUGACACCCCUCUUUGA